CCUUCCCUCAUGCACCACCACUGCACAUUCCACUGCACCAUCGCCGGCCAUGUCCCAACCACGGGUAGAAGAAGUUUCGGACAGCGACCUUGAAAUGUCGGACCCCUCCGAGGGCGACAUCGACGAUUUUGUCGAAUCCGACAUCAUGCGCCGAGUCGACACAACCACCAAACCCACCACGGCUCAACAAGCAAACCGCCCUUCCCAACCACCUCCUCCUCAAACGACCACCACGCGACUAGGUGCCGGCGUCCAGAUGCAAAGAACGACCGACGAGACCCCCUACAAGUCCUUCCAGUGCCUCUACCCAGUCUACUUCGACGCAUCCCGCACCCGUGCCGAGGGGCGGCGCGUGCCCCGCUCCCUGGCAGUACACAACCCUCUCGCCAUCGAAAUCGUCCAGGCCUGCGCCAACCUGCGGCUGCCGACCGUUCUGGAGGCAGGAAAGCUGCACCCCAAGGACUGGGCCAACCCGGGGCGGGUCAAGGUCAACCUCCGCCAGCAACAACCGUCUCAACCCGCUGUGGGAGGGACAAAGAUCAACAACAAACAUCACCUCUACAUACUCGUCGCCAAGCACCUCCGCGCGAACCCGACGACUGAGCAAUCGCGUGCGCUGCGCAUGGAAGUCCGCGGCGCGCCCAUGCCGCCCCAGGCGCUGGACCCGGGCAAGCCGUGGCCGCGGCCGGCGGUGCCGCGCGGGUGGAAGAUGGGGGAGCUGCUGCCGUACUACAGCCCCGCUAUGACCGGGGGCGGGGUGAGCGAGAAUUUCCUUAAGGACAUGAUGAAGGAGAUGGGCGCGGGCGGCGCUGGGCCCGGCGGGAUGCCGGACAUGGCGAGCUUGUUGGCUGCUGCCGGGGGUGGUGGUGGUGGUGGUGCGGGUGCGAGCGGGAGUUCAGGAGGGGGCAAGAAGGGCAAGGGCAAGGGGAAAUAG